AAUAUUCUCAACUAUAUUUCGAAGACAUUGUCAGGUGGGUUUUUCUACAUUCUGCACCGUUUCCAAGAAAAUUUAAUUUGAAACGGGAAAAUAGCAAAAAAAACUACCACUUUACGGUACUGUCCUCAGCCCUUAAAUGGAAAGCACAUGAAUUCAGUGGGCUUGAUAAGCUGUGCACGGUUUUCGCAUGGUGACAUCGUAACUAUUUUCGUCAGUAGAGUACAAUACCAGUUGAAUCAAAGAAAAUAUUUCGAACAAAAUAUACGUGAAAAAUUUGAUAUCUCAAUUCUACAAUGACCAACAACUCCGAAAAAGAUGGUUAUGAUCACAGUAUGUGGAAUAAAAAUUUUGGAAGGAUAAGAAAAAACAUAGUUCAGAAUGGUUAUGCGAAUGGAGUAGCACACGGACAGGAGACUGUGUAUCAAAAAAACUUUGAUUGUGGGUAUCAACAAGGCUUUUCAAUGGCAUUCAAGUUGUCACAGCAUCAUGGCUUUGCCGAUGCAAUCCAAAAUCAAAAACAGGAAAUCCUUAUGCGGAAUAUCAAAUCUGACCCCAAUCUAGAGCAAGAUUCCUCAUCAGCACAUUGCCAAUUGUGCUUGAAAAGAACGUUGGAACGACUGCCACUGGAGGAAAUUGUAACCAUUCAAAAUUACCAUAAUGCAACGGUGAUAGAUAACCUAAAAAAGCGUCAUAGUUUAUUACAAUAGUUCCAAAUUUGGUUUGAAAUAAAGGACGCGAUGUCCAACGUAUCCUUAUAAAAUUCUUAUCUGCUUUUGAGUUCUGUGUAAUAUUAUUUUGAUCAACAAUACAAUCAGUUCGGAAGCUAGAGGUUAACGAAAUUAUUAAA